AUGACUGAUCCUUCCUCGGUGAUGCAACCAGUGAUUUUGCCUAUUUUUGUGGUAAAUGGCUCUGUUUUCCCUUCAUCGCCGCAUUCGAUUGCUAAUUGUUGUGGCAUUUCACAAUCUUGCAAUAAGUCUCUCAUUGAUGGAGCUUGGAAGGGCUUAGAAAAUGCCAUUCGUGAUGCCUUGAAACUAGGAAAGCUCCCUUCUCAAGAUGACCUCAUGCAACUUUUGUCUCCACACAUUUCUAAGCUGUUCAAACUUUCAUCGAGUCGGGCCAGCCAGACAAAUCUUGAUCCUGUAGCUGACGCAGGCAUUCACACCGGUACAUGCACUUAUCAUACAAAAGCUGGCGACAUUCAAACGUAUAUGAGUCAUCGUUCCCCUCAGACCGAAGCCACUUUGAAUUGCCAAAGGUCCAGUGAAUUGAAGUCAUCCUCCGAUACUGGCAGCUCUGAACAUGCCGUCCUUGGUUUUGACAUUGAAACUGAUUUUGAUUGUGCUCAUAAUAAAGAUAUUUUUGGUAUUAGUCUUUCCCCUGGUAUCGCUACUCCCUCCAAUGACAGACUUUCUUUUAUACAGUCCUGUCCAGUCAGUGAGAAUUCGGUUUCCACAAUGACGUUGCAACACAUGGCAAAAAUGCCUUCUCAAAGGCUGGGUACCAGUAUAUCUACAAGUACAUUUGGCCUUAUGCAAACUGCUGAUUCAAGUACUUCCACUGUCCCUCUUGCUUCAGCAGCCACACAGACUUUGUUCGAUGAUCUGGACGGCUAUCGCGAAGAAGAUCUCCUUGAGCCAUUUUUCCUCAUGCCCACCGGUCUCUCUCACUCAAAUAAUGAAUCGGUUCUUGAGCAUCGAGUAUCGAUAUUGGAUCGUGGCAAAGCAACUGCAGAUGUUGGUCUUGAAGAACUCUUAGAAGGCUGCUCUCAACCCUGCAAUGAGAUAGCCGGAAAUCUCUUAGAUGAGGCAGGUACCUUUCAGCAAUCCAAACAGACAGGUUAUGUAUCAGUAAAUACAGCUACAGAUGACGAUGAUAUCAGUGAAUUCUUCGGUGGCCUUUUCAGUAAUGCUUGCGUUGAGGCUUGCCUUCCAUUCGGCUCAGAAACAAUGCAAGGCAUGUUGAUAAAUUUUGUUUAUUAA